GCAAUUGCAAUAAUGUCUGCGAGAUGACGAACAGACUGCGAUAUCGAUGUAACUUCAACUGGUUCUGCAAGGAACGCGAAUGACCGGUUGAUUAUUACGGUCAACACUUUUGAACUUACUCGAGGCAAUCGACUGGCAUAAGGCGCAAGCACAUAAUUACUGAGCAGCUCUUGUGAUCGCGACAGAAGGCAGAUAGCACACCACAGCAUUAAGCAAUGGACCAUCCCCGAGAAGAGCCGCACCACCGGCCUGGGGCGGAAGGCAAUGGCAAUGAGCAAGGAAGAGGCGAGGGUCAAGUGAAUGGAAACAACCAAGGCGAGAAUGAGCAUGUCGCUGUCGUGAACGCGCGGCAGGAUGAUGGUGUAAUUAGUGCGGAAGAAUCCGAAUACAUCCCUUCAGUUUUGGGAAGAGACGACCCUCUCCGAAUGAAACUGACAAGAGAAGAGCUGGAGUGGGCCAAAGAAGUCAAAGAUAUUGUGGAAGGGUAUCCUGACCUGGAAAAUUUGUCUGAUUUUAUGUGCGCCCAGCUUGCUAUUGCCGCAAAGGGAAACAUGGAAGAAGCUGUCCAAAAGGCGUUUGGACUGCAGGAAUUCUGUAAAGAGUACAAGAUCUUAAACUCUUACCAGGAAGGCUGCCAAAAACUGCAAUUCAUGAUCCGGCAGUUUCCACGUAUGAUGAUGAGCUGGGGCUUUAGCGAGGAGGAUGGCACCUAUGUGCUCGCUCAUGAUACAAAGUACUUUGACACGACCGUGCUGUCAACACCUGACAAAGUUGACAGUUGGAUGGCGGGUGCUUACUACCUUCACACAACAAUGACACCUGACAUGGCAACAAUUCGCAAAGGCCACAUUGUGCUAAUUGAGUGUGAAGGUGUUGACUGGUCACGGAAGCAAGACUACAAGCUACUUCAGAAACUGUUCUCUCAGCUCAUCAGUGUUUAUCCACAAAAAUCAGAAAUGAGGCAUUACCAUACUGGUAUGGUUGUGAAUCUGCUGACUUCCAUGGUGAAACGAUUUUUGAGCAAGGACUUGAGAGAUCUAAUCACUAUGGGGUUGCAGCAUGAUUGCAGGUUGGAUCAAGUAUACAUGGUCCCAGAUGUGCCCACCGCAAAUGAUAGAAUGAUCUUGCGUCUGCAAGAAACUCUGCGGCGACGGUAUGACAACGAAAAGUCAUUCAAGCUCGCUGAUUGUUGAGGGGGCCACACCCUGCCAGAGCGAUCCCCGGAGAAAGCAUAUAGCGGCCCCAGCAUGGGUCAAUUUUUCCGAAUAAUUCAUACCGUGGCCAACAAACUGAGUGACAAGAGCCAUGGUCCCUAUUCCUCUCUCUAGAUGUACUCCUUGCUUUCCCUCGCUUGCACGCAAGAAUUGCCACCGUCCAAAUUACUUCUAUUCUUCAUUAUUCUUGACCAACUUCCGACACUGCAGAGCAAGAGUUGGGAGAUUUGCAGACCAGUGCGACUACCAAAAACUAUGCGCACUUCCGACCUUGGUGCCUCAUUUUACUUGUUUGGCGCGGGUAAAUUGGCUUCUCCAUUGUCGAAGGGCUCCAAUGGCAAGAGGAACAAUUUGGGCCACGGGUCAGCCUCUCGAGUUUGGGUUAUUUGUGCUGGGUUCUUUGCUCUUUUCACUACACGUGAUGGCAUAUGAAUUAUUGUUCAUCAGAGCGGUAUCAUGAGAUGGCAUCUAAUUCGUUUAAAUCUCU